GGAGGCUCUUGCAGAUUGCCAGGCAGAGGAGUGUCAGUUUAAAUCAGUGCUGGUCGCUACACCCUACGUGUGUUUAUGUUUUCAUUGAGCUUGGAUAGGAUUUUUUUCUCUUAUUACUACUUUUUGUGAUCUCAUUGUAUGCACAAGUGGAAUAUUUUGAGGUAUUCCACGCUAAAGAGCCAAGCACAAGGCAUCUUCUGCAGCUGAACUCACCAUGGUUGGCACGGGUGGUCCUGUGGCCACGUUCUCCGUGUGGGACUAUGUUGUGUUUGCGGGUACGAUUGUGGGCGCCGCUGGCAUUGGCCUCUUUCAGGCCUUCCGUGGACGCAAGGAAGCCAGCAGCGCCGAGUUCUUUCUGGGCGGGCGGCAGAUGACAGCGGUACCCGUGGCCAUGUCGCUCACGGCCAGCUUCAUGUCCGGCGUCACCGUCAUUGGCACGCCGGUCGAGGCGUACUUGUACGGAACGUCCUUCUGGCUCUUUGGCAUCAGCUACGUCAUCAUGUCAACCAUCACUGCUGAGAUCUUUGUGCCUCUCUUCUACCGGCUGGGGAUCACCAGCGCCUAUGAAUACCUGGAGAUGCGCUUCAACUGGUACAUUCGCAUAUUUGGGACUUUGAUGUACACCAUUCAGACGAUCCUUUACACCGCUUUGGUCAUCUAUGCUCCGGCUCUCGCUCUGAAUCAAAUCACCGGAAUGGAUCUGUGGGGAGUGCUGGUGGCUACAGGGGCAGUGUGCAUCUUCUACUGCACUUUGGGCGGUUUGAAAGCGGUCAUUUGGACUGACGUGCUGCAGAUGGUGAUCAUGCUUGCGGGUUUUGUGGCCGUCAUAGCGAGAGGGGCCGUGCUUCAAGGAGGUCUGGACAAGAUUUGGGAAGAUGCCAGUCAAGGGGGCAGACUUAAGGCAUUUGACUUUGACCCCGAUCCCCUGAAACGACAUACUUUCUGGAGCAUCCUUAUUGGUGGUAGUGUGACAUGGAUGUCAGUCUACUCUAUCAACCAGUCCCAGGUGCAGCGUUACAUUUCCUGCAAAACACUGCGCCAUGCCAAGAUGUCUCUGUAUGUGAACAUGGCGGGCUUGUGUGUGACUCUGAGUCUGGCCAUGUUGUCUGGCCUCACCAUGUUCUCCAUUUACAAGAACUGCGACCCGUUCACCAACGGUGAUGUCGGUUCCACCGACCAGUUGCUCCCUUACCUCGUCAUGGACAUCUUGGCCGUCUACCCUGGAAUCCCUGGUUUGUUUGUGGCUGCUGCAUACAGCGGGACCCUGAGCACAGUGUCUUCCAGCAUCAAUGGUCUCGUUGCCGUCACCAUGGAAGACUUCAUUCGUUUCAUGUUCAAAAACCUCACAGUGAAGCAGACGUCCUGGAUGAACAUGGGGCUCAGUGUGUUCUUUGGCGCUGUGUGCAUUGGGAUGGCUGGAGUCGCUUCACAGUUGGGAAGCAUUCUGCAGGCAGCUCUCUCCAUAUUUGGCAUGCUGAGCGCCCCACUUUUGGGGCUUUACCUAUUAGGCAUGCUUUUCCCCGCAGCCAACUCAAUUGGAGGCUUUUCAGGAAUGGUUCUGAGCCUGGCGUUGACACUGUGGGUGUGGAUCGGAGGACAGAUCUACCCGCCGACGACAGCAAAGACAAACCCUCUGCCGGUCAGCACCGCGGGUUGCAACAGCACACUCCAGUACAACACGACCACAGCAGCGUCCUGGACCACUCCAGUCACACACACGCCGCAACCCGAUGUGAGGCCUCCUUUGGCAGACUUGUGGUACUCUCUGUCCUACCUCUACAUCGCCUUCCUGGGUACACUGACCACCAUCGUGAUGGGCCUCUUGGUGAGCGUGAUGACAGGUGGCUGCAAGCAAGGCAAGCUAAACUCCCAACUAUUUGUGCGGAAAAGCAACUUGGUGUGUUUCAGAUGCAGCAGUAAAUCACAGGCUUCAGAAAACGGUGUAUCAGAUUUCUACGCGGGAGCCGACAAGUCUGGAUUUGUACACUGUGACCCGACAUGUGGUGAUUUUGUUGAAGCGACCAAACUUUAAGAAGAAUACAGUUGCAUAUCUCCAACAUGUAUUUUAAAUACAUACUGUCGCUUAGUUUUGCAUACAUUUAUUAAGUUACUUGCAAUAUACUAAUCCACCGCGUUAUCUCACUAAAUCUUACCAAGUGGUGGUAUGAAAACAAACGCACAAUACUGCAUUGAUGACAGAACCAUGUUUCAUUUAUUUGAUUACAACUGCUGAUGAUGAUCAUCUAAAUUUCAAAUUCAUUAGUAUUAUGUUAAGUGCACUUUUGUCAGUACAAUUUUUUAAGAAAUAUUUUAUUCAGUUUCAUCACCUACUUUUUAUUUUAAAGGAAAGUGUGCAUUGUUUAACAAGUUGUUUAAAUUGAAAUGCUUGUCAAAUAAAUAUUUUAUUUAUAUACAUAA